AUGGCGGACGACCUGGGCUGGGGCGAAGUGGGGCUGUACCCGUCGAAUUCGUCUCAUGGCCGGAUCGCGACGCCGCAUUUGGAUCAAUUCGGUCGAGAAGGAACCAUAUUUCGACAGGCAUAUGCCGGAUACACCGUGUGCGCUCCGAGCCGCACAGCUUUUUUUACUGGAAGGCACAGCGGCAACUUCCUCAAGUUGGGUUUAAACGGAGAGACGCUGCAUCCCAACCAGACGACGACACUACCUCAGCUCUUAAGCCAGGUGGGCUACAGGACGGGGGCUUUCGGCAAAGUGGCGCCUUUGACUUCACCUCUACAGCAGGGCUUCGACACUUUCCUCGGACAAGUCGACCAAGCGCUCUGCCACAACAUGUACCCUUCGAAGAUCGAUUCGGCAAUGGAGCAAUUAAACUUUGAGCUGUCAGGGAACCUCGGAGCAAAGUCUCGCGAUCUUUGCAUGGAAAGGCCUGAGGCCUACAACUACACCAUCGACGUUUUUCACGAUCACGCCAUGGCCUGGCUCGAAGCUGCAGCCUCGGAGGCUUCAAGAAGGCCUUUCUUCCUCUUCCUGAGCUACACUAUACCUCAUGCAGGGGGCUGGUCGGACGCACCCAAGAGCUUGGAGUCCGGAAAUCCGGUGCCUUGCGAUCUGCAGUAUGCAGAUGAGCAAUGGCCAGAUGUUGAGAAGGAUCAUGCCGCCGUCAUUACAUACCUGGACGACAAGGUAGGCGACCUUCUGGCACGGCUGAAAGCCUUAAACGUCGACAAGAACACCUUGGUCUUCUUCGCAUCUGACAAUGGCGCACACUCGGAAGGAGGUCAUGACCAUCGGUUCUUUGAUUCCACAGGUGGUUUGCGAGGCUACAAGAGGAGCAUGUUCGAAGGCGGCGUGCGUUCCCCAACCAUGGUACGCUGGCCAGACAGCAUCCCCGCUGGUCGUGUAUCGGAUUUUGCGUGGGCCUUUUGGGACGUGUUGCCCACAAUCGCAGAGAUUGCCGGGGCAAGCGUUCCCAAUGGCCUGGACGGGAUCAGCAUCGUGCCCGAGCUGAAGGGUUCGUUUCAGAAGGAGCACGACUAUCUGUACUUCACAUGGAUUGGCGAGGGUGGAAGUGGCAGUGAUGUGAAGCAGGAGCCGGGCUACACAAUUCGUCAAGGUUGCUGGAAAGGUGUAGUGCCGCAUUGCGAUGCCGCGCUUUUGCAGCCGAGGCUCGCAGACGAGAUGCACCUCUUCGACCUUUGCGAGGAUCCCUUUGAGAAGACAGACAUUGCUGCAGUGAAGCCAAGCACUGUUCUGCAGCUGAAACAGCUGGCGGUUUCAAAGAACUUGUCCUGCAUGUGCUACCAGUGCGGUUUCCACAAGACCUCGGCCGAAAUUCUCGUGUGA